AUGCUCCUAGCAGCGGCGCGGCCGCUGCAGUCCAUCUGCACCGCCUGCCGUUCGAAGCUGCGCGCCAGCGCCGCCGCGGCGACAUGGUCCGCGAGCAGCAGGGCGAGCGUGCACAAGCGCGUGCGGUUGAGCGCUCCUCCGUCGACGCCCUCGUGCUUGCGACAUCAAUCCCGCCACUUCUCCGCUUCGAACCGACACCGCGACGAGCAGUCUCCCUCGACGACGAACGACGACCCGAGCAACGAUGACGCCGCCGCCGAUAGCGCACCGAACGAACAGAACCAAGCGCGUGCAGUAGAAGGACGGGAUGUCGGCGCGGACAGUAGCGAGCAGCAGCAGCAGCAGCAAGAACAACAACAAGAACAACAAGAGGAGGGCGAGGGCGAGGGCGAAGAAACACACGACGCCAAACCGCCGCCGCCGCCGCCGACGUACGCGCAGCUCGAAGCGGCGGCGCGGGCCGCGCGCCAGGCGUUCGGCGAAGCCCUGCCCGAGGCGCUGCUGUCGCCCGACGAGUUCGUCGUGUACGAGCGGCUGUACGGCGCGCCGCUGCGGAUCGCGCCCGAGGCGGAGCUGCGGGCCGAGGCGGCGGCCGAGGCGGAGCGGCUGCAGCGCGGCGGGCAGCCGGACGAGGGCGAGCGGAUGCCGGACACGCUGUGGGUGGAGGGGAAGAGCGGGAGGCUGGUGGAGGUGGAGUAUUAUUACGGGGCGCCGGAGAGGGGGGGUCGAGGGGUGGAGGGGCAGCGGCAGCGGCAGCAGGGGGAGGGGGAGGAGGAGGUGGCGGUGGUGGAUGAUUUGGAGGUGUUGGCGGAGCGGGUGGAGGCGUUGGAGGUGGGGGUGGAGGGGGAGGAGGGUGAGGGCGAGGCCGAGGAGUGGGAGUAUGGCGGGGUGACGGCGAAUGAGAUCAGGACGCAUCCGUUGACGUUGGCUGGGAGGUUUGCGACCACGCCGAGCACGCUGCGGCUGCCGAAGAAGGAGUUUGUUGAUCCCGUGGCGGAGAUUUUGGCGAAUGCGAACAACAAGCAUCUGGGGGACGCGGCGUCCCGGGUGUUUGGAGGGCCUAGGCUACCGCAUUCGACGGCGACGCCGCGGCCGAUGGGUGGCGAGUCGGUCCAGAAGCCCAUACCGCUGGAACCGUCGCAGCUUUCCAUGAGCCCUAUGGAGGGAGAUUCGUAUCUGGCGGCUGUCAUGCCUGGCACGUAUGCCGCUGUUACGAGCGUUCUCGUUGAAGUCCGCAAGCGUCUGGGUACUGACUGGAUCGAGGGUCUUCUCAAGAAGGAGAACGGUCCUCUGAUCCUCGACGUUAGCUCUGGCGGUGCUGGCGUCGUGGCUUUCCGUGAGAUUCUCAAGGCAGAGUGGGAGCGGAUGCAAGAGGCUUCCGACUCGCCCAAGUCGACUCCCGCUCCGACUGGAAAGGCAUCCGUCAUCACCGGCUCUGACACGAUGCGCCGUCGUGCGGCCCGCUUCCUCGAGAACACAACUUUUCUCCCGCGCCUGCCCGACACCAUCCUCCCCGGUGAGAAGGUCGGUCCCAAAGCACGCAAGGUCUACGAUAUCGUCAUCGCGCCGCACUCCUUGUGGUCGAUGAAGGAAGACUACAUGCGCAAGGCUGCGAUCCAGAAAUACUGGUCUCUUCUGGACCCGCGCGGUGGCAUUCUGGUCCUGAUAGAAAAGGGACUUCCGCGCGGUUUCGAAGUCAUCGCCGGCGCCCGUGCGCUCCUGCUCGACAACCACAUUGCCAGUCCUGGCGCUACCCAUGUCGAGCCGCAGCCUCUGGACCACCUCGACCCGUCGAACAAAACCCGUGUUUCGAGGAAGGAAGAAGGCAUGAUUGUCGCUCCGUGUACGAACCAUGCCGGCUGCCCGAUGUACACGAUCCCGGGUAUCAGCAGGAAUAGAAAGGACUUUUGCUACUUCAAGCAGAGAUUCACCCGGCCGCCGUACCUGCAGAAGCUACUGGGCGCGAGGGAUCGGAACUAUGAGGAUGUGCAGUUCAGCUACCUCGCGGUGCGAAGAGGUGGCGAUAUGAGGAAGGGGCCUGAAGGUGUGCUGCAGGGCGAAGAGGCGACAUUGAGAGCGUUCGAAGGGCUGGGCGAUAGACAUCGCAAUCCGUUGCAGGAGUUGGACGAUGUUGACGACGGCGCGGAACCCGAGGCCGCGGGCGCCGAAGCUACCAGCGAGUCCUUUGAUCCAGCGACAGCGGCGCCAGAGGAGCAGGUCAGGAUGGCGGAGGAAGAAGAAGACUACGGCGAGGCCACCCAGCUCACGCUCUCGCUCCCGCGCAUGAUCAUGCCGCCCCUCAAGCGGCGCGGCCACGUCAUCCUCGACGUCUGCACGCCGCAGGCGCGCCUCGAGCGCUGGACGGUGCCGAGGAGCUUCGGGCGGCAGGCGUACCGCGACGCGCGCAAGAGCCAGUGGGGCGACUUGUGGGCGCUGGGCGCGGCGACGCGGGUGCCGCGGACGAUGCGGCUGGGCCGGAAGGACGAAAGCCCCGUGGCGACGGGGAAGAUCAUGGCGAGCGUCGUGAGGGAUGAGGAGAAGACGAAGCUGAGCAAGAGGGACAAGGAGAAGUUGAAGCAUGAGAGGGGGAAGUCGUGGAAGAAGGGGAAGGAGACGAGGAAGAUGGAGAGGCAGAGGAGGGAGGUGGAGAGGGAGGCGAGCGAUGAGGAUCUCUGA